AUGAACAAUAUCGCUUGCAAAAUAAUACGUACGUGGCGAUACGUUGCGGCCUUUUCUCUUGUUUUUCUCGUUUUUGACGAGUCAUUGAUAAUUAUUCGCGUUCGGAAAAUGGUGAGUUAACAAAAUAAGAAUUCAAAAAACGGUAUUGUUUUCAGAUUUCUUUUCUACAGUAAGCCUACAACAGAUGUUUCGCCUCAACUGGAACUACGGUAAAUAAUUACAGGGUGGUCGCGAAUUACCCGUACAAACCAAUUUUUUCUAUUACCCGCUCAAAUUUUAUUUCAAAAACUUCCUAUCUUGUUUCGGUGGCACUAAUUAUCAAGUUUUACAUAUUUUAACGAUAAUAUUCCAAGACUCAUAGAGAUUCUUCUUGUUUGGGCCAAGUUAGAGAGGUUGGCCGGGACGAUACAAAACAAAAAAACACGAUUUUUUGUACGCACUUUUUUUUUCUAUUAAUUUUUCUACUUUGGCUCCUGAAAUUGAAACAAUAUGGGCAUUUCAGAAGCAUAGCUGAAUUUCCAAGUGUUUUUUGGGUUUGAAAAAGGGUAUUACCCUCUUUAUAAAAUCCCGUAGGUAUGCAUUCUGAUUAUAAAUUUAUUCGCACAUUUUUUCACCAUUUUUUUCACAUUUCUUCAGAAAUUUUAAAAAUCAUACCUAGCGGAUAUAGGAAAAUGCUUCGACCGGGAAUCGAACCCGUCAAAAAUGCUCUGAUCACAAGGCAAAGUCACGUACCACUUGACCAUGAAUGCCUACGUGAAAGCCUGUUUAAUUCUUUAAUUUAUAAAUGAUCAUUUUAGAAAAGGGAAAAAAUGAUUUUUCUUUGAAAUUUUGAAUUUUUGAGGAUUUAUACAACUGUUUCGCCUAGGGGCACCGCCCCUAGUUCCACAAGAUAAAACCCUCUUGAAAAUUUUAUGAGAUCAUUUCUAGGCUUGUUUUGAAUAUCCACUGUUUUUCACAACAAAUUUGAUAAGUGGUGCCAAAAUCAGAAAUGUUGUGAAGCAUAUGAGAUAUCAGAGCCAAAUAGUGAAAACAGGUCUACUAGGGACAUUUUGCACAAAAAAUACCAAAAAUUUGUUACACACCCUGAUAGUUGACAAGAAAAAUCAUAAAAAUCGUGUUUUUGAGUUGAAAAUUCGGUUUUGAGGGGUCCAGCUUACUGUUUCCUAUUCUUGUUAGAGAACAUUUCUGGACAUGCCCUUCAGAAAUCAAACACAUCUAGGGAUAAUCUUCGAAUUCUAUUCUAGAAACAUAUAACUUCAAACCCCACAUGUAUAGAAAAAUCAUGAUCUUUUUGAAAAAAGCUGCGUGCCUGAAGUGAAUUUUUGAAACUCAUUCUCGAUAGUUCAGCUACCACAUGACUGAAUUAUAUCAGAAGUAUCUAUGUCAAAAUGAUGAAGAUAAUAUCUGGGAAGGCUUUUUAAAACCAAAAAUCAUGUCUACAUUCCCUGUUCAAAUAUGACUACAAAUUGAAUUUGUACGGGUAAUUCGCGACCACCCUGUAAUUCUUCUAGCUGAUCUAAGGCGCUGUUGCAGAUUAGUUUCUCCCCCGGGAGAAAUGGGGAGAAAGAGGAGAAAAGUGGUGCAGAAACGCGGGGAGAAAGAGGAGUUUCUGCCCUUUCUCCUCCUACAGUAUCUGACUCAUCGUGUCGAGACCCAUUUAUCGAAUAUCCGUAUUUCGAUUCGGUUAAAGGCGCAGAGAUUUUCCAGGAAUGGUCUCGCCACGCUACGUUUUGGGAGAAAGGCAGGAACACCUCUUUCUCCCCGCGUUUCUGCACCACUUUUCUCCUCUUUCUCCCCAUUUCUCCCGGGGGAGAAACUAAUCUAAAUAGUCCAGUAUAUCUACAUACAAAAUUGAUCACUUAAUUGGGUCACGCGAUCAAUUUUUAUUUUGGAUUUCUAAAAAGGCUCAUCAAAUCAAGAUGUGAUUUAUUUUAUUUUAAACGUGACCUAUUUAUUUUGAAUGAAGCGGGCACUCAAUUGAGAUCAUUCUCUAUUUUACUAAAAAUACGAAAUGCCGGUUCGAAAAGUUCUGUUCUUAAUAUUCGAUUUCUGCUAACAUUCAGAUGGAUUUUUAUUUUGAUCAUGUGGAAAGUUGGAGUGGACCGUUUAACAAUCUCUUAAAUAAUAAAAUUUUCAAUUUUUGUGUUGAAAUUCAACUUAAAAUUCAGAUGGUGCCGCUACGCCCAAAUUUUAGUCGAAACCUUUUAGAAUUCUGUGAUAGAAAAAUAUCAAUCUGAAAUGAACUAAAACACGACGUAAUAAUGUCAUUUUUUUUUGCAAAAUUGCGCUUGGAAAAUUAGCAAAAAAAAAUAUCGCCUUCGAAAUUCAGCUUCUGCAUGCGGCAUUGUCAGAAAAAAUGUUGUUUGUUUCUGAAGUUUCAGUUUUUUGUCAUUUCUUCUAUUUUUGGAACCGAAAAUCACCGCCGUAUUCAAUUUAACGGCACUCGAUUAAAAAUAGGUUUUUCUCCAUUUCUUGAUAAUUUUUAAAACGUCAAAAUUCGACGAGCAUUUCUGAAAAGCCCAACAAAAAUUUCAAAAUUCAAAAUUAAUCGCGUGACCCAGAUCGGUGAUCAAUUUUCUCAGCGAUGAGCGCUGUAGCCUGACUGUACAAAUUACGUUAGUACAUUGAACAAAAACGGGAGGAUGAACAUUGCACAUCCGAAUCAUCCGUUUAGCUACAAAGUAGCUACAUAAUAACAACGGCGUAGCUACGGAUUCAAAAUAAUAGAGAAUGGCCAUUUUAUUCCCGUCUGUAGAUUCUGUAGCUACAGCGGACAUACGCUGUACCUAUAAUUUCUUCUCUCGUUGUGCGACGUUUGGCAGCUCUCUCCAGUGUGCGUACUAACGAUUUAGCGAUGAAUACGCACUGGUGGUGGGAGCUCGGCCAAAAUUUGACCAAAUUUUGACCAAAAAAAUUUUGAACAAAAUUUGGUCAAAACUGCACCCAUACCACGCCCAGGGGUUAACAAAUGCACGGCGCCAAUAUUUUUCAAAAUUUUAAUGAAAUCCACGACGCCAAAAUCUUUGCUAAGUGAGGGGAUUUUUUUUUCAUUGGCUUCAGAAUAAUUUUUUUUACAGAUUCAAUCACUAAAACGACUACGGCUCAUUUCAACUUCAAGUUCCAAGCUCGAAUGGAUCAAAAAUUCUUAUUUAUUUAUAUAUUUCAAUAUUCAUACCACUAA